AAAAAAAAAAAAAAAAAAAAAAAAAAAAAAGGGAAGUAUGUAAUUCUUUGACUUUUUAUGUCCAUCAUGACCAACUAUAGAAACAAAAAAAAAAUUACUAGGCCACUGUACGAAGACUAGACCUGAUCAAAGUUAGCCCAGCUUAUUGGAUUUUAGACGGAUCUGACCCAUUUUAUAACUGGGAUGGGUCACGGGUUAAAAUGGGUCUCCAACCCAUUGAAUUGCUGUCAAUGUUCUCUUUCUCAAUUCUCCAUUGAAGCGCACUUGACAAUCUCCAUACUUGUAUCCCCCAUUGAAGCAGCUUUCUGAGAACCCUUUAAUGUUAGGAUUGAACUAUGAAAUUAGACCUUUUCUCCCUCCUGCCCUGGAUCAGAGACGAACACGGAGCUUUAUACCCUCGAUUACAAUGGAUAGAAUUGGUAGAGGUGGGUAUGGUUUUGUAAUUUCAUCGGGGAAAUGUAAGAGGAAGUCCCUCUCUAUUUGUUGCUCAGCUCCUAAGCUGGUACGAGAUCGUUCAUUAGAUAGGCAUGUGAUUAAGCAAAAUCGAAUUCGGUUUGUGCAGAAGCUUAGGAAUUUGCUUCUUUCGAAGCCUAAACACUACAUGUCUAUCCACGUUCUUUCCAAAUGCCGUUCCUACUUAUCUCUAUCAAAGCCUCGGUGUAUUCUCUCUAUGAUCGAACGUUAUCCUACCCUGUUUGAGCUUUUCUAUGUGCCAUAUCCGCCUACUCCCCUUAAUGCAACGAAAACAAACUCCCAACUAUGUGUGCGUUUAACCCCAGCUGCUGAAUCGCUUUCUCUGCGAGAAGCCCAUCUUAAGUCUACUGCUUCUGUGGUGAUGGCCAACAAGCUUCAAAAGCUUCUCAUGCUUUCUCCUCAUAGGAGGCUUGUUAUGUCAAAGCUUGCACAUUUGGGGCCUGAUCUUGGUCUGCCACCCAAUUUUAGGUCCCGUCUUUGCAAUGAGAAUCCUGGAAAAUUCAAGAUUGUUACUACAUCCUAUGGUAAUGCUCUCGAACUUGUUUCUUGGGACCCAAACUUAGCGGAACCGUUGCCAAAGUUUAGAAAUCACUCACCUGAGCUAAUUGUGGAUAGGCCUUUGAAAUUUAAGCUAGUAAAAUUAAGAAAGGGCUUAACUGUGAAGAGACGCCAUCAUGAUUUUUUGAUUAGAUUCGGAGAAUUGCCUGAUAUAUGUCCCUAUAAGACUUCAUUUAAAGAAUUUCAUAAAAGCUCUUUGGAAGCAGAAAAGAGGGCUUGCAGUGUAGUGAGGGAAAUUUUGGGGAUGACUGUUGAAAAGAGGACAUUGAUAGACCAUUUAACACAUUUCAGAAAGGAUUUUGGGCUACCCAACAAGUUAAGGGCUAUGUUGGUUCGGCAUCCAGAACUGUUUUAUGUAAGUUUGAAGGGCCAGAGGGACACCGUGUUCUUGGUUGAGGCAUAUGAUGAUAAUGGUGAACUCGUCCAAAAGGAUGAAGGUCUCCUUAUCAAAAAUCAUUUGUUUGAGCUGGUCAGGCAUGGCAAGAGAAUAAGGCGAGAAAUGAAAUUGGCCUUAGCUAAUGGUGACACUCUCAUUAAAGAUCAUCCUAUCGCUGUUGAUCAGGAGCUAGAACCUUUUGAUGAUGUUACUGAAGAUGAUGGAUUUGAAGAACUGUUUGACGGGAAUGAUUCAGAAUUUGAAAUUUACGAGGAAGACAGUGAUGAGGAGUAUGGUCAACCAGUGGACGACAAUGCAGAGCAGCAAUUCUGGAGCUCCCAUGGCUCUAUAAGGGGUCAUAGGGAAGACAGUGAUACUUCUGAGCGCUGGUAGACAUGGUAGUAAUGAAUAUUGACACUGUAAAAAGCUUUUACUUAGGUUCUGUCUGGAAAGCAAUGGAGCGAAAAAUAUGAUGGAAUGUAAGUUUAAGUUUCUGCUGCUGUCAUGUUUCAAUUUUCUUAUAAUUUCCUGUAUAUAGUGUAUUUAUUGUUUGUUCUAGUCUGGUAAUUCAGGUAAAUUUUUAUUUUCCUAUUGUUAUUUUUGUUUUUCCCUUUUCUCAUUUUGGGAAUGUGGAUGGCGAAUGUGGUAAAUGUUGUACUUGGCACACCUGCAACCCCAGAGAUUAGAGUUUGGAUUCUAAUGAGGUUCACCAUGCUCCCAUUCAUAGUCAUAGAGCUGGCUUAUUUCUUGUUGUGUUUUUCUAGUUAUAAUUCUUCUGUCAGAACCUAGGGUAAACACAUGCUGCCUGCUUGCCUGCCUGCCUGUGUAUGAUCUCUUCUUGCACUUUCCUUUUUAUCUUGCAAGGGGCUGAAGAAUGAACUCCAAAGGCUUAUCUCUUUAGAAUAAUUGGCUGUUUAUGCAAGGAGUUUGUUCCACAUACUUACUCUUUUUGAGUGCAGGCAUCACUAGCAGGGCUUGCAGUUCAUAAGUCUCUUGCUUGUCGCUCCAUUUCUCAACUGCACUCUGCAUCAGGCUGGAGUUCAUGGCACUGUAAUUGUGAUCCAUCUAUGUUUAGUCUAUGUAUGUCAAGGUACCUUAAUUGCAGGUUAUUAAUUCAGAAGCUGCUCUUGGUGAUAUAUUGUGGCAAACAAGCCAGCAAUUGCACGACUUACACUGUAUUUUGCAGCUAACCACCGUUGGCUUGGCCUUUGUAAUUCUGUAUCAGUUUCAUCGUGCAUCCUCUAGAAGCCAGUUAUCAAUCAAAUAUUCUUUUGUGCUUUAUUUCCUUUUACUUUCUUCGUUUUUUAACUGAAUGUACUCCCUUUUUUUUUUUUUUUUUUCUAAAUAGAGAAGCAAACAUGCUAAGAUACUUUGUUAAUGUAUAAACAAGACCUCUGAAGACAAGGAUUCUUGAGCAUGUUGAGAAUAUUAAAGCUGACUAAAAUUGUAUCAAAAGUAUGAGAUAUUUUUCAAAGAUAUACUAAAUCACCCCCUUAGCCUUGA